AUGGCUCAAAACCGUUCUAUGGAAGCCCGCGUCGGGCGAAAGAACCAACGUUAUGGCUCAAAAGGCGAACGUCUCGUCGCUGGUGUCGUCCCCCUCUCAAAUGACAAGUCUAAAGUCCUCAUGAUUCAGUCCGCCGGACCUGGAGGUUGGGUCCUUCCCAAAGGCGGCUGGGAAACCGAUGAGUCAACGGCAUCACAGGCCGCCUGUCGUGAGGCCUGGGAGGAAGCUGGUGUCAUCUGCACCGUGCAGCGGGAUCUGGGAUUGAUCCCUGACAUGCGACCCAAUGCCCUCCUGACUUCCAAUGCGCCCAAGGCGUCAUACCAAUUCUUUGAGGUCACGGUUGAAAAAGAAGAGGCUGACUGGCCCGAGAGGCACAAGCGCCAACGCAAAUGGGUCACUUAUGCCCAGGCAGCACACGCCCUGGCCAAUCGACCCGAGCUGCUGGAAGCCUUGAACCGCAGCUCUUUACAACGGUAG